UACCGGCAGAACGCCGUGGGCUCGGUGGAGGAGAUCAGCUUCGAGCAGUUCGUCAUCGUCAUGUCUCAUUUCCUACCUGUGCCGCUGCACAACAUGACAGAAGAGCAGAGGGAACGCAUGAGGAGAGAGAAACUCCGCUUCCUGUUUAACAUGCAUGACACGGAUAAUGACGGGACCAUCACACUAGAGGAAUACAAGCAUGUGGUGGAGGAGCUCCUGUCUCGCAGCGGCGCCAUAGGAAAGGAGACGGCCAAGGGGAUCGCUGAUGCAGCCAUGCUGGAAGUGGCCAGCAUCACAGUGGGCCGCAUGAACCCUGACGACUUCUAUGAAGGCAUCACCUUUGACCACUUUCUAAAGAUUCUGAAAGACAUUGAGAUUGAAACAAAGAUGCACAUUCGCUUCCAGAACAAUGCCUGUGCGCUGUGCUAAUGAGCUCAUCUCCUCACUGGCUGCAGAUCCAGCUCCAGCAACUCACAUGGCCUCUCCCAGGAUUUGCAAACGAGCAAGUAGAUUUUUACCAAGCAAAAAAAAAAACAAAGAAAAAAACAUCAGUGAUGUUUUCUUUUUUCUUUCUCCCGAAUAAUUCUAGAAUGUACCUUUUUGAUCAUGUUACUCAAUUUCAUACCCAUAUAUUCACACAUCUAUGCAGAUCUAGAUUUGACCAAAUAUACUUAGUGAAUACGGAUGCAACUGUAUAAACACUGUAGUCUACGUGAUGCCUAGAGGUUCUCAAAAAAGUAAAUAAUACAGAAAUAUGCAAUAAUAUGCAUGUAAUGUAAUUGUUGGUGCCUGUUCCCAUUGCCCUAAAAUUAGAUGCACGCAUACUAUGCAGUAUUCUACUAUGUGCAAUAAGACGGAUCUCAUCACCAGCGUACAACUACAGUAUCUGUCACACUCUAAAUGGCAUGAGAACUAUAUGAGUAAACACUCUUGGGUUUGCAUAAAUAUUGUCAUAAACAUAUCCCCAUGUAAAGCCUACAUAUUUGCAUGGAAAUACUUGCACACAUCAAUAAUUAAUACUAGAAGGGGAAAGAUAUAGGCCUAUUAGCCAUAACAUUAAAACCACCACUGACCCACUGAGGCAUGGGCUCCACAAGACCUCUGAAGGUGUCCUGUGGUAUCUGGCACCAAGAUGUUAGCAGUAGAUCCUUUAAGUCCUAUAAGUUGUGAGGUGGGACCUCCAUGGUUUGGACUUGUUUCUCCAGAACAUCCCUCUAAUGCUGCAAUCAGACUCAAUUUGGAGGCCAAGUCAACCACUUGAACCUUUUUUCAUGCUCCUCAAUCCAUUCCUAAACAAUUCUUGCAGUGUGGCAGGGUGGAAUAUCCUGCUAAAAGAGGCCAUUGAGGAAUACUGUUGCCAUGAAGCGGUGUACCUGGUUAGGUAGGUGCUACGUGUCAAAGUAACACCCCCAUGAAUGCCUAGACCCAAGGUUUCCUAGCAGAACAUUGGCCAGAGGAUCACACUGCCCCUGCCAGCUUGCUUUCUUCCCAAAGUGCAUCAUGGUGCCAUCUCUUCCCCAGGUAAUCAACACACACACACCUGGCCGCCCACAUGAUGUAACAGAAAAUGUGACUCAUCAGACCAGGCCACCUUCUCCCAUUGCUCCUUGGUCUAGUUCAGACGCUCACGUGCCCAUUUAGGUGGUUUCAGAGGUAGACAGGGAUCAGAAUGAGCACCCUGACUGGUCUGCCCCAGACUCAGCAAGCUGCAAUGCACUGUGUGUUCUGACACCUUUCUAUCAUAGCCAGCAUUAACUUUUUCAGCAAUUAGACCUACAGUAGCUCUCCUGUGGGAUCGGACAAGGCACACCAAUGAGUUUUGGGUGCCUAUGACCCCAUUGCCAGUUCACCCUUUGGCCUUCCUUGGCCUUCCUACUGACCACUGCAUACCAGGAACACCCCACCAGACCUACCGCUCUGGAGAUGCUCUGACCCAGUCUUCCAGCCAGCACAAUUUGGCCCUUGUCAGAGCCGCUUAGAUCGGUACACUUCCCCUAUUUUCCCUGCUUCCAACACAUAAACUUCAAGAACUGACUGUCCCCUUGCCUAAAUAACAUAAAUAACCUCUGUCAGGUGCCAUUUUAGAGAGAUAAUCAGUGUUAAUCAUUUCACCUGUCAGUGGUUUUAAUGUUAUGAUUGACCGGUGUAUAUUCCAAGAAUAUUUUCAAGAAUAAAGAAAUUGUGGUUCUCUCCAUGCAUGUUUCACGUCAAGGUUCCAUCACACGUGACAGCAAGCCUGUGGAGCAGUGUUCAUGGCUGUGACCUAUGAACACGGCCAUUCUCCGCUCUUUAGAUUACGUUCUAAGAGUAAUCAGUCAUGUUAAAUGUGAGCUUCAGCUAAAUAACAAAAAUCAAUACCAUCACACAACUUUCGGUGCCAGUCAGCCUGUCAGAGGUUACAGAUACAGUGUUAAACAAUAUACUGAGAUUUUUUUUGUCGUUUAUAGACCUGCAUUGAAGUCACCUCCUUCCAAAUCAACCAUAGGGACUGUUAUUUAAAAAUCUCUGUGUUUUGCUGAGAACAGUAAUCUGAAGCCUUCCCAAAAUGUUGCCUGUAUGGUAUGACUGAAUGCAAAAACGCCUUCAUACUGGUUUAGUGUGGAACUGCAGUUCUGCAUGCACAGAGUAGCACCUGUUUCAUCUGGGUGUCGCGUUUUAUUUUCUUCUCCUCUUUCAUUUGUUAGUACUGCCCUCUAGUGGUUUCAUGUGUAUGACAGACAUUCUCUGGAACAUGUACAAAGAGCAGAAAUAUCUUUUUAAACUUUCUCUUAGAUAAAGAGCUGUUAGGUCCUCUUAUUUUGGAAUAAAUUACAACUGUGCCUUCCAUAAUAGCUUAUUUUUAUCGACAAGUGUUUGCAUGUGAAUGAACACAAUAUAUUUGUCGAAUAAAAUAUUUAAAACCUA